CGCUUCGAAUUACAAGCAAGCGACCUCUAUGUAUAAAAAAUCACCGCCACGCGUCCCAGAAUACUUUGCGAAGUCAUUGACAACACGUCAAAAAUGGCAGAUCCAGCGCCUAGUAAAAGUGAUAUUGAGGAAAUUUUUAAAAGAUUACGAGCUAUUCCGACAAAUAAGACAUGUUUCGAUUGCAAUGCAAAAAAUCCAGCAUGGUCCAGUGUGACUUACGGUGUUUUCCUAUGCAUCGACUGUUCUGCAGUUCAUCGAGGAUUAGGUGUCCAUUUGACAUUUGUUCGAUCUACUCAACUUGACACAAAUUGGACUUGGUUGCAAUUGAGAAACAUGCAAUUGGGUGGAAAUGCAAAUGCUAGAAAAUAUUUUGCACAGCAUAAUUGUACAACAACUGAUGCCCAACAAAAGUAUAAUUCACGCGCUGCUAUGCAGUAUAGAGAAAAAUUGGCACAGGCAUCUGCUCAAGCAAUGCGACGUUAUGGAACAAAGGUUUUUCUUCCUUCAACAAAAAAUAAGACAAUGCUGCAUUUAGAUGAUGAUCCAACAUCAACAUCUGAAGAACAAGGUGAAAUUGAUUUUUUUAAAGAACAUGAAACUGCUGAGAUAUAUCAUCAGUCUUCAGUAUAUCCUGAGGGAAAUUCAGUUCCUGCUUCUAAUUCUGUAUCAAUCAAUGACACUGAGGACAAAAAUAAUCAAAAAGAUAGCUUAGAAGCUGCUGCUAAUUCUUUAGGCCCUACUGUUAAGUUAUCUGAUUCUACCUCAAACUUGGUAUCUGAAAGGAAACCAACCAUAGGUGUCAGACAGGUUCCAAAUAAACGAAGUGGUUUGGGCAAGAAAACUGGUGGGUUGGGUGCUCAAAGAGUCAAAACAAAUUUUGAUGAAUUAGAAAAAAGUGUUGCUGAAGCUAAUAAAGAACCACAGGAGAAAGAUCAACGAGAAAAUACAAAAGAAGAACAAGAUGAAAUUGCUACACGACUUGCCUACCGCUAUGAAAAGAAUUUAAGUGAACAGGCUAAGAAGAUAGAACAGAGAACGAAACAAUUAGAUCCUUCCAAAGCAACACAAGCAGAACGUCUUGGUAUGGGAUUUAAUACACGAAGUGGUGCAAGUCAUUCUGCACUUGGUGAUAUGAGAACAAUAAUGCAGGAAACAUCAUCAAGGACUAUAACUGCUUCUGAACCAAGACCGAGAGAUAUUGAUGUCGAACGAGAUCCUUUUACUAAUUUAGACGAAUUUUAUGUGGUCUUGCAGUCUAUAACACCAUACAGUAGCAAUACUAACAACAAAUCUCGUAAUGAAGAAGUUAUUGUUAUUGCAGAGCCAGAACCACCAAAACGUGUAGUUCCAUUGAGCAAACCAAAUAAUAGCAAGAAUGAUGUUAAAACGAUGGUAGAAGGAGAAGCACAGAAGAAAUUUGGUAGUGCCAAGGCUAUUAGUUCCGAUCAGUAUUUUCAGGACAACAAAGAUGAUGAUUCUUGGGAACGUAAAAAUAAUCUGCGCCGUUUUGAGGGUUCAUCUAGUAUUUCAUCAGCUGAUUAUUUUGGCACAGGAAGUUCUACUGUCACAUCCCCCACGUCUUCUUUAUCAAUACGUCUUAGCGGUGGAAGAACUGGAGUCGAUUUAGAUGAUGUUAGAGAAAGUGUACGUCAAGGAGUAAAUAAGGUUGCAGGCAGAAUAAGUUCUCUUGCCAAUGCAGCUGUUUCUUCUUUACAAGAUCGUUAUGGACUUUGAACGAAAAUUUACUGCAUUUUACUAAAAUUGUUACUAUACUUAUAUUUGGACACUUCUUGUCCAUUGUUCGAAACUGUAAAUAAAAACUUGUAAUUCAGCUUAUUUGUAAUUUGCUUUUUAAAAUUAUAAAUAAGACAUGUUAAUAAUUAUAAUGAAAGGUAAAAUAUUGUUGAUAUAAAAUCAAUCUUUCUU